AUGUUUGGCGUCUGGGAUUCAGUCUUUUGUCUUGGAGCCAAAAAUGCAAUGACAACCAGCACUCUUCUCGUAAUGUUAACCAUUGCCUCUUCAAAUAACAUAUUCGUUUUAAAGCUGCAAAAUCUGUUGGAUUCAUCGAGUCGUUUCAAAUUUGGAAUUUUUGGAAAAGCGGUCAUCUUGUUUCCAUCGAAUGUGCUUUUGCCAAUGCUCGGUGUCGUUUCUGUCCGACUGGUGCCAAUAGAACAGGGGAUUGAGACGAAGCGUUUCUUAAAUAUGAUCGAGGCUCACCCAUCGUAUUCUGAUCUCGCAAAUAUCACUGACAUCUAUGUGGGCGCUUGGGAGCCCAUCUAUCCACCAUAUGUCAACUUUUCGGGGAUCACCAUGCUUGCGGGGGUCAUCGCUUUAUUUAUUCUGGAAAUAGUGGUCAAGACACACGUCUCCAUACACGGAUGCUAUUUCAUCCUUGACAAUGGCAGUUUGCACUUGAGCAAGAAAACCAAGGAAAUGCAAAAGAAGUUCUUUAGGGUCUUAUGGCUACAGGUAUCGAAUACGCUUUUUUCCAUCGGUUUUCCGGCCAUCUAUUCUUUGAUCAUCAUUCUCAUUCAACCAAAUUUCAUCGUCCAAUGGUUAAACAAUUUAUUUUUUGCAAUCGCCUAUUGCCAUGGAAUUAUCGGAUCGAUCACGAUUCUCCUUUUGACUCACCCAUAUCGGCUCUAUGUGCUCUCUCUUAUCAAAAAAACUCGAAUUAAUGGAUUUCUUAAGAAACGGCUCUUCAAUCCACCCAACAAAAUACUAAUUUCCGUCACUCAA